GGAAGCGACCGCACAGGUCAUGAAGCGCGCGAGGCUAUAUAAGAGGGACCGGUCAGGUCAAUACUUUAUUUUCGCAUUCGCGCCCCGACUUCUAUAUCAUUCAACUCCUCGACAAGUGUUAUGAGACCUCUUCAAAUGCCCUAUAUGUUUGAGGAUCGAACAGGCCACAUAGCUGGCUCGGACUAUGACGACAUCUACGAUCGCAUGUUCAUCCGAGUCGUACCCCAUCCGCAUUCUCCUGCCAGAAAUGGCAGCGUUCUGGCCAUUUACAACAUGGGACGCCGUUCCACUCGGCACGGUGACACGCGGCAUCUGGAGAGGCAACCUUCAGUGAUACUCGAGUUUGCAGAGGGCACUGCAGGAGGCCUAGGAAACAUCAGCUUUUUCUACCCUCCUGCGCCCAGCAUGACGAUGCCGAUGAGCAGAUACCUACGAAAGACGGCCUUUUUCGGAGGAUCUCUCUCCAGAAAAUUUCGGGCGAGUGAUGGCCGGGAAUACAGAUGGGAGUACCACAGCGCAGACGGUCAUGAGUGGUCGUGCAUUUCAGAAGAAAAUUACCUUGUCGCUCAUUUUGAUCUUCGUCAACCACACAUGCCAGCUUACGGUGUCUCCGGAAACACUCUGACCGUUCACGAAUCAUUUUGUCAUCUUUCCAUAGACAUCAUGGCUUCGCUCCUCAUCAUGCGCUACAUUGCCGAGCACAACCUGUAGAUACACAAACGUGCCGCGUUUCAUACCCCAAAAUUGCCCACCGAGGCGAGCUUCGCAGUCAUGCUAACUACUUCAUACUGUCGCACAGAUCUGACAUGGGGAUAAUCACCGACCAGCCAGCUGUGGACACUACCCGAUGAUCAGGCAGGAUCUUUACCGCAUCCUUUUCU